AUGGGCCUCCUCAAGGGCAAGUUCUUCGGUCUCCGAGGUACCAAGUUGAACUUGGCGAUCAGUGUCACGGCUGGCCUUGAUUUCCUGCUGUUUGGCUACGAUCAAGGCGUGACGGGCGGUCUCUUGACCUUACCGUCGUUCACUGCCACUUUCCCCGAGAUUGAUACCACCAAAACGGACGGCCUCUCCCAGAGUCAGAUCGACCACAAGUCAACAAUCCAAGGUAUCUCGGUUGCCUCAUACAACGUGGGAUGCUUCGCGGGCGCUAUCCUCUGUAUAUUCAUCGGCAACUGGCUCGGUCGUCGCAAGACCAUCUUCCUCGGCUCGGCCAUUAUGGUUGUUGGCGCCGCCCUCCAAGCAUCUGCCUUCGGUCUCGCUCACUUGAUCGUUGGUAGAGUUAUUACCGGCAUUGGGAAUGGCUUGAACACGUCCACGGUGCCCACAUGGCAGUCAGAGUGCUCCAAAUCUCACCGACGCGGGCAGCUCGUCAUGAUCGAGGGUGCUCUCAUUGCCGGCGGUAUUUGCAUCUCCUACUGGAUCGACUUUGGCUUCAGCUUCCUUUCCACCUCCGUGGCAUGGAGGUUUCCAAUUGCAUUCCAGUGCUUCUUCGCCUUGGUGAUUCUUGGUUUCAUCAUGGAGCUUCCAGAAAGUCCUAGGUGGCUGGUUCUGCGAGGCCGUGAGCGAGAGGCCACUGAAGUUCUUGCGGCUUUGUCAGAUCUGCCGGAGGAAGACAAGUUCAUCCAGUCUGAGUUUGCCACCAUUAAAGAUACGGUGCUUGAGAUGGAAAAGUCUUCCUUUAAAGACCUAUUCACCAUGGAUGAGAACCGCAACUUUCACCGCGUGGUCCUCGCCUACGUGAACCAGAUGUUCCAGCAGAUCAGUGGAAUCAAUCUAAUCACGUAUUACGCACCUUUCAUCUAUGAACAAGAGAUAGGACUGUCCGGUUUCCUGUCCCGCAUUCUCGCCGCCUGCAAUGGAACCGAGUAUUUUAUCGCCUCACUUCUCGCCAUCUUCAUCAUCGAGAAGGUCGGGCGCCGCAAACUUAUGCUUAUCGGAGCCGCUGGCAUGUCUGGCUCCAUGGCCAUUCUCGCAGGGAUGAGUUAUCUUGGUGGCAGCGGCCCCGGUAUCGUGGCGGCAGUUUUUCUCUUCGUCUUUAACUCAUUUUUCGCCAUUGGUUGGCUUGGCAUGACAUGGCUGUACCCUACAGAGGUUGUACCCUUGCGCAUACGAGCCCCAGCCAAUGCUCUAGCGACAAGCGCCAAUUGGGCGUUCAACUUCAUGGUGGUAAUGAUCACGCCGGUAGCGUUCAGCAGCAUCGGCUAUCAGACCUACAUCAUCUUUGCCGUCAUCAACGCAGCCAUCGUUCCCUGCGUUUACUUCUUCUUCCCGGAGACGGCCUACCGCAGUCUCGAAGAGAUGGACAGUAUCUUCCGGAAGACAAAGAGCAUCUUUUCACUUGUCAAGACGGCGAAGAACGAGCCUCACCACUAUGGCAAGAACGGUGAGCUGCUCAUUGCACAUGACCAGAUGAGCCAGCGCAGCACAGCUACGUCCAUGACACGCACCGACGGUGAAGGUGGAAGUUGGCGAGCGAACAGGGGCUAUGAUGGUGACCAAGAGAAGGGGACGAAGGACUUCGUUAAUAGCUCUGGAGACGGUAGUCCGGCCUAA